GGAUCUCUCUACUGCCCAGUGUGGCUAGAGCAGUCCGCCUGCCUGCGCUGCGCUUGUGGAACCCGAUUUGUUUCUUUGGCUUUUCGCAUUGUAUUGGUAGGAGGAGCUGCUUUCCUGUGAUUGUCUGCCUCUUCUCUCUCUCUCUUAGCAGGUUUCUCAUUUUUCCAAAGUUAAAUAUUCAAGUCUGUGAGCUCUCACAGACGGUGGGUGCCUGCGCCGCCGGCGAGGUUUGCCGUUGCUUGCGUCGAAAGCGAGCGGAACAGAACAGAACAGAACGGAGCGACGCUGUUUGUGGCACAUAACCGAGGCUCUUCCACUUGUGUUCGAUCCAAGUGUUUCUUAACUUCGAUUUCGACUGCUUUCAAGAUGACAGAAGAAAAGAAUGUUGGGCAUAUAAAGCUGGUGACUGACCAGCUUCCGUGGGAUUUGAUGUCGCCUCUAGAUUGGUUCUGCUGAAGAUGGAAACACUGGAGUCUGAGCUCACCUGCCCAAUCUGCCUGGAGCUGUUUGAAGAUCCCCUGCUCUUACCCUGCGCCCACAGCCUGUGUUUCAACUGCGCCCACCGCAUCCUAGUCUCCCACUGCUCGUCCAACAAACCUCUAGAGUCCAUCUCCGCCUUCCAGUGCCCCACCUGCCGUUACGUCAUCACGCUGAACCACCGCGGCCUGGAGGGCCUGAAGCGCAAUGUGACCCUGCAGAACAUCAUCCACCGUUUCCAGAAGGCCUCCGUCAGCGGCCCUAACUCCCCCAGUGAGAGCCGUCGUGCCCCAGGUCUCUCCGGAGGCCACAGGCCCUAUAGCAGCAGCGGAGGAGGAAGCUCCGGCAGCCACAGCGCCCGCUCCAGCCCGGCCCAGCCCUCCUCUCAUCAGCACACUGCCACCAUGUCUCUGGAGCACCGUAUCAGCUGCCAGUUCUGUGAGCAGGACCCGCCUCGCGAGGCAGUCAAGACGUGCGUGACCUGCGAGGUGUCGUACUGUGACAGGUGUCUACGUGCCACGCACCCCAAUAAGAAGCCGUUUACCAGUCACCGGUUGGUGGAGCCGGUGCAUGACGCCCACCUGAGAGGCCUCACCUGUCUGGAGCAUGAGAAUGAGAAGGUUAAUAUGUACUGCAUCGUGGAUGACCAGCUGAUAUGUGCCCUGUGUAAGCUGGUGGGACGACACAGAGAACAUCAAGUCUCCUCUUUCAGCGAACGCUUCGACAAACUCAAGGCUUUUCAAGUGAGUCCUGGCAGAGUAUCUGACGCGGUAUUGGAGGCAUCAAAGACAAGCGCUGUGCAAACCCUGGAGAACAACCUCACCAACCUGGUGAAGAGAAACAGUGAGCUGGAGAACCAGAUGGCCAAACUCAUCCAGAUCUGUCAGCAGGUUGAGGUGAACACAGCGAUGCACGAGGCCAAGCUAGUGGAGGAGUGUGAUGAGCUUGUAGAGAUCAUACGCCAGAGGAAACAGAUCAUCGCUGUCAAGAUCAAGGAGUCCAAGGUGAUGAAGCUGCGUAAACUGGCCCAGCAGAUGGCUAACUGCAGACAGUGUCUGGAACGUUCCGGAGCCCUCAUCACCCAGGCAGAACACAGCCUGAAGGAGAACGACCACGCUCGCUUCCUACAGACCGCCAGGAACGUGGCUGAGAGGGUUGCCAUGGCCACGGCCUCAUCCCAGGUGCUGAUUCCAGAUGUGAACCUGAACGAAGCCUUUGAUAACUUUGCCCUGGACUUUUCCCGAGAGAAGAAGAUCCUAGAGGGACUGGACUACCUGACAGCCCCCAGUCCUCCCUCCAUACGUGAUGAGCUGUGUACUGCCUCCCACGACACCAUCACAGUUCACUGGACGUCUGAGGACGAAUUCAGCGUCACCUCCUACGAACUGCAGUACACCAUCUACACCGGCCAGACCAACUUCAUCAGUCUGUAUAACAGUGUGGACAGUUGGAUGAUUGUCCCCAACAUCAAGCAGAACCACUACACGGUGCACGGCCUGCAGAGUGGAACACGUUAUGUCUUCUUUGUCAAGGCCAUCAACCAGGCAGGCAGCCGCAACAGUGAACCAGCCCGCCUCAAAACCAACAGUCAGCCUUUUAAGCUUGACCCGAAGACGGCCCACAAGAAGCUGCGCCUGUCCAACGACUGCCUGACCAUGGAGAAAGAUGAGAGCUCCCUGAAGAAGAGCCACACUCCAGAACGCUUCAGCAGCACGGGUUCGUACGGAGCAGCGGGAUCCGUCUUCAUCGACAGCGGCUGUCACUACUGGGAGGUGUUGCUGGGCGCCUCCACCUGGUACGCUGUGGGCGUGGCUUACAAGUCAGCCCCUAAGAACGAGUGGAGUGGAAAGAACUCGUCCUCCUGGGUGUUGUCCCGCUGUAACAACAACUUCAUGGUGCGUCACAAUGGCAAGGAGAUGCUGGUGGAGGCCAGCCACCAGCUCAGACGUCUGGGAGUCCUUCUGGACUACGACAACAACUCCCUGUCCUUCUACGAUGCCAUGAACUCCCAACACCUGCACACCUUCGAGGUCAGCUUCCUGCUCCCCGUGGCACCCACCUUCAUGAUCUGGAACAAGUCGGUGAUGAUCCUGUCGGGGCUUCCUGUGCCGGACUUUGUGGACUGCCCUGAGGAACACCAGGAGGGGAUGAUGACCCUGUGUCGUCAGCAGGAUUCACCCUACGUGUCGGGUAUGAAGGGCUGUCACUGAGUCCGGGACUGGGGUGACUCCCAGUCCUGGAGACCCGACAAGGGCUUGGACUGGACUCUGAACUGGGCUGGGCUAGACUCACUUACUUCCUGGGUUUGUGGGCCAAUGGGGUUGAAUCUUUCUUCUCCUCAGCUUCCUACUUCCUCCUCUUCCUCCUUUUACCCAGCUUUCCUAUUUCCUGUUUUCUCUUCAUGGAUGGUUUGUCACCUUACCUACUACUUGUCUCAGUGUGAGGAUGUGUGUUGUUGUUUAUGAUAUUUACAAACCAUCACAGAAGCUUGACUUGCAUUGUGUGACUACUAGUCUUGUAUUAUAAGAAACUUUAUUGAUCAUGAUUGAUUUGAGGAAAACAUGUUAAUUAUUUAUGAAUAAUAAGUUGGUCUGCUUUUAUUUUCUUCUCAAUCUCAAUGUAUUCAUGGGACACUUUUUUGGAUUGGUCUUUAUUUCCUCGGUGUUUAAAAAAAAAAAGACAGAACAUGUAUUUGGACAUGGUUGUUCUCGCUCUAGGUAGCAUAGUGGAUUUAUCUUCUAUAGAAAUGGGUUAAGAGUAUGACGGUUAUGCGAUUUUUAACACAGUGAAAUGAACAAAACUGACGAAUUUAAAAAAAAUUACGAAAGUUGAAUAUUCAGGGAGGGAAGAGAGAGUUAUAACAUUGGAUAUGCUAUCGGUUUUGAUGUCAUAGCAUGAUGUGUAUUUCCUCUGUGAUUAAUUCACACUUCAUGUUUUGUUUACUUCUGUUUUGCUGUGAUAAAAGCAUGCUGCGUUAUAGGAUCCCACUUCACUGCCCUUCACUGGUUCACUUCCAGGUUAUCAUGAGGUAUUUCCAUCAGAAACCAUCAGCUUUCUAUUCAAGAAAGUCACCAAAAAUUUCACCGAAUAAGGUUAAGAUUCCACAGAGAAGACCUUGUAGGUCUAUGACAUCAUCAUUUAAAAAAAAAAAAGGAAAGCGUUACA